CCCGUAGCUAGGGUGCAAAGAGGAAGACUCAAUAUUUACAUGGGAGAUGAGAGUUGUGUAAGGAGUGAUCAUCUCAUGUUGAUGCAGGACAGCUAAGAUGUGUUUUUCCAUCAUGGAGGCUGUAGUUGACUUCCUGAAUGUGUUCAUCAAUGAGGCCAGUAGAUUUUCUGUGACAUUCAGCCUCUUCCUCAUUUUUCUGGGCCUUCUCUACUGGUAUUCAGUCUACCCCUUCUCAGUCCUGUCUCGAUGUGGCAUCAAACAUCCAAAGCCAGUUCCUUUCUUAGGCAACAUAUUUAUGUUUCGCCAGGGGUUUUUCAGCCCUAUGUCUGACCUUAUAAAGACAUAUGGUAGGGUAUGUGGGUAUUAUUUGGGCCGCAGAGCGGUGGUGGUGAUAGCAGACCCUGAUAUGCUCAGACAGGUUAUGGUCAGGGAUUUCAGCAGCUUCCCUAACAGAAUGACUCUUCGCUUUGCCACCAAGCCCAUGACUGACUGUCUGCUCAUGUUGAAGAACGAACAGUGGAAAAGAGUUCGGAGCAUUCUGACCCCAUCCUUCAGUGCUGCCAAGAUGAAAGAAAUGGUUCCGCUGAUCAACACAGCCACUGAUUCCCUGAUGAACAACUUGAAUGUCCACGCUGAGUCAGGAGAGGCCUUCGACAUCCACAGGUGUUUUGGCUGCUUCACCAUGGAUGUCAUUGCCAGUGUGGCAUUUGCCACUCAGGUUGACUCACAGAACAACCCAGAUGACCCAUUUGUCAGCCACGCUCAGAUGUUCUUCUCCUUUUCUUUCUUCAGGCCCAUCAUGAUGUUUUUCAUUGCUUUUCCUUCCAUCACGGCUCCUCUGGCGAGAUUCAUCCCCAACAAAAGACGAGACCAAAUGAAUCAGUUCUUCAUCAACAGCAUUCAGAAGAUCAUCAAGCAGAGAGAGGAGCAGCCGCCUGAGCAGAGGCGUAGAGACUUCCUCCAGCUGAUGUUGGAUGCUCGAACCAGCGAAGACAGUGUGUCUUUGGAACACUUUGACACAGCAAACCACACUGAUGAACUCCAUCAGAGGAACCAGCAGACACAGCUGUCAGCCUCAGAUCAGGACAGCAGCCGUCCUCACCCACAAGAGUCACCCGUCAGGCGGCCACAGAAGAAAAUGAUGACUGAGGAUGAGAUUGUGGGUCAGGCUUUUGUCUUCCUCCUGGCAGGCUACGAAACCAGCAGCAACACGUUAGCCUUCACCUGCUACCUCCUGGCCCUCCACCCUGAAUGUCAAUGCAAAGUGCAGGAAGAGGUGGAUGAUUUUUUCACCAGAUAUGACUCACCAGAUUACACAAAUGUCCAGGAGUUGAAGUAUUUGGACAUGGUUAUAAGUGAAGCGUUACGCCUCUACCCACCUGGAUUCAGGUUUGCACGAAACACCGAACGUGACUGUGUGGUGAACGGUCAGUUCCUUCCUAAAGGAGCAACACUGGAGAUCCCAGCAGGUUUCCUCCACUAUGACCCAGAGCACUGGCCAGAGCCAGAGAAGUUCAUCCCUGAAAGGUUUACACCAGAAGCUAAAGCCAGUCGACAUCCAUUUGUUUACCUGCCGUUUGGGGCCGGCCCCCGUAACUGUGUGGGAAUGAGGCUCGCCCAGCUGGAAAUCAAAAUGGCUUUGGUUCGUCUCUUCCGUAGGUUCAGCAUCGUGGCCUGCUCUGAGACCAAGGUUCCUCUUGAAUUGAAGUCAUCAAGCACUCUGGGACCUAAAAAUGGCAUAUUUCUAAAAAUCACAAAGAGAGACAUGGGAGAAAGUGAAGCCAGUUCUCCAUCAGAUGGUUAGAAAACUCUCCAUUCAUCUUCUUGUAAGGCAGAGCAGUUCUUCGACAAGCUACAAAGAGCCCAUGAGCAAAGAAACAAAGGCCAGUGGUGCUGAAACCAGCUUAAAAAAUAUCCUCAUUUCCACCGCAAAAUUAAGAAGGAUGUAGUGCUUUUAAAAAUUCUCUUAACUUGCCUUAACUUGAGGAUGUGUACAGACCUGAGACAAACAAUGUUCAAACACUGGAUUGUUUUCAACAUACACACAGAGUGGACAGUGGACGCACCUUCUCAUUCAAUGUUUUUUAUUUACUUACGUUAUUUUCUACAUUGUAGAUUAAUACUGAAGAUGAACACUUUUUUGUUUACAACAUAAUUCCACAUGUAUUCUUUUAUAGCAGGAGUGGGCAAUUAAUUUUCAUAUGGGGCCACAUGAGAAACUUUGACGGUUGUUAAGGGCCGGACCAGUACACUUAAAAGCUCUGCUCAAUAUAUAUCUCAAUAAAAAUAGUAAAUGAAACAAUACAAUGAUGUACAAUGCCCAACUCUUGAAUCUCUGCUCUCAGAUCCCAAACUCGUUUAAGCACCUUGUCCAGGCUGAGCCAUCUGACAGCUGUCUGGUAACCAAGGUCGCCAUGUUCACUCUCAUCUGCUCCAAAAAGACAACAAACUGUCUGUAAUUCAAUGCUCUUGCCCUGAUGAAGUUAACUACUUUAGCUACAACAUCAGUCACGUGGUUGAUUUUUAGCACUGACUUACACAGCACCUCCUGAUGUAUAAAACAAUGCAAAAAUGUCAGUUUCUGUUCUGGGUUUAUUUCAGUCACUUUAUCUUGCAUCCGUUUCAAAAGUCCAACAUUUUUCCCUGUCAAAUUUGGACAGCCAUCAGUUGUAAUCAUAGUAUAGCCUUUGGUAUGAAAAAACGCCAUCAUAUACAUCGUAUAUUGUACAAAUAACAAGUCAAAGGAAAGAGACAUACAUUGUAGAAUUGUAGUAAUUGUGGGCUGACUGAUUUACUGAUUAUCAGUAUUUUAUUUUUUACUGAUUUACGGUAAUAAAUAAAUUUAAAAAUGGCGCUA